AUGACUGCUGAACUUAAGGCUAUGGAAAUUAACAAAACUUGGUCCGUUGUUCCUCUUUCUCCUAGACAACAUUCGAUUGAGUGUAAGUGGGUCUAUAAGAUGAAGCACAAUUUCGAUGGUUCAAUAGAGCACUACAAGGCUCCAUUGGUUGCCAAGGGAUAUACACAACAAGAAGGUAUUGAUUUUAUUGAAACCUUCUCUCUCGUUGCUAAAUUGGUUACUGUCAAGAUCUUUCUCACUAUUGCUGCUUCUUAUAAUUGGCCAUUGAUCCAACUAGAUGUUAAUAAUGCUUUCCUCCAUGGCGAUUUGUUUGAAGAGUUCUAUAUGGAUAUGUCGUUGUACAUCUGGUCCUCAAGGGGAGCACAUGGUUUGUCGCCUUCAUAA